CGGUCCUCAUCAAGAGUCUAAAAUAAGAAAAGUUUUUGUCAGUUUUCGUGGUGUUAUUCCUGAAUCAACUUGGGACAUUAAAUUCUGUUUAAAACUAUGGCUUCUUCCGAUGUCGCUCGGCAGCCGCAUAAGGCAGUUCGGCCCCUGUCCCUGGCCGGCCAUGUGGGCUUUGAUAGUCUCCCAGAUCAGCUCGUCAACAAAUCCAUCUGCCAGGGCUUCUGCUUCAAUAUCCUCUGCAUCGGUGAGACCGGUAUUGGCAAGUCUACCCUGAUGGACACUCUGUUCAAUACCAACUUUGAGAACUUUGAGUCGUCCCACUUUGAGCCUCAGGUGAAGCUGCGGGCUCAAACCUAUGACCUGCAGGAAAGUAACGUCAGACUACGCCUCACCGUGGUGAACACGGUGGGCUUUGGAGACCAAAUGAACAAACAGGAGAGCUAUCAGCCGGUGGUGGACUACAUCGACAGACAGUUUGAGAGUUAUCUGCAGGAAGAGCUCAAAAUCAAGCGCUCCCUUCACAACUACCAUGACUCACGAGUCCACGCCUGCCUGUACUUCAUCUCCCCCUCCGGUCACUCACUCAAAUCCCUGGACCUGGUCACCAUGAAGAAACUGGACAGCAAGGUGAACAUCAUCCCAGUGAUCGCCAAAGCUGACACCAUCAGUAAGAGCGAGCUGCACAAGUUCAAAAUCAAAAUCAUGAGCGAGCUGGUCAGCAACGGCGUCCAGAUCUACCAGUUCCCCCUGGAUGAUGAGACAGUAGCCAAAGUCAACACUACAAUGAAUGGUCAUUUGCCAUUCGCUGUGGUCGGCAGCACAGAGGAAGUCUCUGUUGGAAAUAAGAUGGUGAAGGCUCGCCAGUAUCCCUGGGGUGUAGUACAAGUGGAGAAUGAGAACCACUGUGACUUUGUGAAGCUGAGGGAGAUGCUGAUCUGUGUAAACAUGGAGGACCUGAGAGAGCAGACGCACACUCGUCACUAUGAGCUGUACAGACGCUGCAAACUGGAGGAAAUGGGAUUCAAAGACACAGACCCAGAGUGCAAACCUGUCAGUUUGCAGCAGACUUAUGAAGCCAAGCGUCAGGAGUUCCUGGUGGAGCUGCAGAAGAGAGAGGAUGAGAUGAGGCAGAUGUUUGUGCAGAGGGUGAAGGAGAAGGAGUCUGAGCUGAAGGAGGCUGAGAGAGAGCUGCAGAGCCGUUUUGAGCAGCUCAAGCGCCUCCAUGCGGAGGAGAAGUCGGCUCUGGAGGAGAAGAAGAGACUCCUGGAUGACGACCAGAGUUCCUUCAGCAAGAGACGUGCUGCUGCUCAGCUGCUGCAGGCUCAGAGCCUCACCGCCAACGGCAAGAAGGACAAAGACCGCAAGAAUUCUGGCUUCAUGUGAAGACCUUCUGGAUCUGAAGUAAACUCCAGUGUGACCUGUGACAUUCAGACCUGUCACAUCCUUUCCAGCUCUUUGUGGCCAGUCUCAAACACUAACCAGGAAAGCCCCACACAUACACACAUACACACACCAGCAGUGCGUGCGAGUUUGUUUUUGUGCCAAAGUUAAGACGACUGUUCCCAAAACUCCUGCGCACACUUUCCUCUGUGUUAUUUUUAAUCUUCUUUGUGGGUUUUAUACCUCUUUUGUGUAAUAUUUUAUAUUUAUCCUUUCAUUUUUAUAUCAAGUGUUUAUUUUCCAUAUACCUCCUUUUUUUUGUAACAUUUGCCCAGACUGAGGGACUCCUCACUGAAUUGAUUUUAACUACAGCCUCCACACUAGAUCCUGCACACAGAUUAAAGCACCUGGAUAGCUAUUAACAAUACAGAAAGUAAGAGACACUCUAGUCUCUAGUGAAUAAUAAGAUCACACUUUUGUAAUGCACCAUUCAAGUUUUUGAUAAUGAGACAGUUAGACAUCCAUAACAUGCUGAUAAUUUAUUAUAAAACCAUAACCAGGUUUUUAAGUUGGGUAGCAAUCUUACAUGUUGGUCUGAUGCCUGAACAAUAAUGUCACAAUAAGAUUAAGUUAGUAAUGAUAGUAAAUGAUUGGCCUUCUGGGAUCACUGUAAUACAUUAUUCCUGUAUUUAUCAUGCCUAAUUUACCAAGAACAGAAAAUUAGUUUAAAUCAUGAAAUACUACUAAAUGAGUCAAAUGAGUAUGGAUAUCCAGCAAAACACUGUAUACAGCACAUCACAACCCAUCUGCUAUUAUUAACUAUGCUAGUUUCUAAAAAAUGUUGACACUAUCUACAGGAGUUGGUUAGAUGAGUUGUCCCUCACGCUGGCCAUUCAUUAAACCACAGAGAGAAACAAUCAUUUAAUGGCAGAAAUAGCCUAAAAUCAUCAUCUGCGGUGAGAAUGACAGGAAGCUCCGUGAUCCUCACUGUAUGUGUAAUCAUCUUGCCAUGUACAUGUUUGAAUGCCAGAAAGCCAUGACUUACUAAAAUAAUGACAGGAACCAUGUCUAAAAACUGUUAAGUAAUCAUUUCUGAAUCUAGUGCAUUUAUCAUCAAGAGUUGUCAUAACCUUUUCUGUAUUAUCAUUAUAAGGUCAGACAGUGUUGUCAUAUCUGGUUUGGUUUCUUUUACCUGCUAUAAACCAGUGUUAGAAAAAUCAGCAGGAGCCACACUGAUCCUCCUCUAGUUGUUCCAAAGGGAAAGUUAUUUCCAAACUUUUUCUCUCCUGUGACAGUUUUACGGUUUUUCCUGGAGGUUGAUGUUUUGUUUUGGAUUAGGUACAUGUUACAGUAUAUAUAUAUAUUGUGUUUUACUUGCUCCCUUAUUUUUUCCUACUGACACAAACUGUUAAAGUUUGCAAUGCCUUGAAAAGAGCUGACUCAUGGAAAAAUAAUGCAUUAUGGAUUCAGUGUUUGUGGAGGAGGAGGCGGAGGAGAGGGGAAGAUGCAUUUAUUUAACUAUUUUUAAACUUCACUUCUCUCUGGAGUCAUGAUUAGACAGGGAUUCACACCUCAUGCCAUUUAACAGUACAGAGUAAACCAGGACACUGUGGUGCUGGUUUCUGGUAAAAGUGUGAUAAUUAAACCGACAUUUACUCACAAACACUGCCAAUUUAUAUUUACACUAGUGCUUAAGAUGUGUUAGUGCCUUACAUGUGUGCUUACUGUAGAAAUACACUAUCCACUAUUAACUUGUACAUCCAGGGAAACACAACGAUGCCUGAUGGAGUGAAGAAGUUUUUUUCAAAGACACAUUUGUACUACACUUAUAUUUAUGGAAUAAACAGUGUUACUUGGGAGCCUUUAUCCUUCUUUCUAAAUAAAUCUUUGUAUUUUUGUC